AUGAGCACAUGUGAUUAAAUAUGCUUUGUUAUUAAAAAAAAUCUGCUGAUAAGCUUCAGAAAUAAGGAGUUCUUUAUUGAAUCUAUAUUACCAAUUGUAGUGGCUGGUAUGCUUUCACUAAAAGGUACUUAUAUAAUGAUUAUAUAAUUAAGCUUAAUUGCAAGCUAUUUAAUAGUUGAUGCCUUUACUCUAUAGUAUUGCUUUAACUUCUACAUAAAGGUCAAUGUUAAUAAAAUUAGUCGAAGAGAAAAGCAAAAGGUUUAAAGAACUAUAGAAGGUAAGAAUUUAUGAAUAAUCAGAUAAUGGGUAUGAAUGAGAAAGCAUAUACAAUUGGAUGGGUCUUAACAGGAUAUAUAAGGAUUGGAAUAGUAAUAAUGUAAAUAUAUUAUUUAGUCUGUACUAAUAUUUGAGUUCUCUUGGUUAAUUUGCAAUGCUAUAUUUGAUAUUAAUUGGGAAAAAGAAUUUCAUGUAUCAUUUUCAAAUAUGUUAUGGCCUUACAUUUUAUUUGCAUAUGCUGUAAGAAUUUGUUAUCAAAUUUAGGCUAUGAAUUAGAAUUUCUUAUUAUCUAGUUUAUUUAAUGAAGUUAAAAUUGCAGGGGAAAUGUAGUCGUUUUUGUAAAUUGCUUUUACUUUUUUUAUCUACUUUUCUUUUGUAGAAAAUGUAGCUAAUAAAGUAUUAUUUUACAUUUUAAUGACAAUGAUAAGUCCUCAAUGUGGAAUAGCUUUUUCAUAUAUAUCAUCUAUGAAUUCAGAAGUUGGAACAGAUUUAACAAAAUUAAAUUUAUUUCCAACAGAAAUAAUUAGUGAUACUUACCCAAAUAAUUUAGCUGGACUAUAACUAGCAAUUUAACUUGUAGUUUAUUUUAUACUCUUUAUAUAUUUUGAAUAAGUUAUUCCAAAUGAAUAUGGAAUAGCAAAACAUCCAUUAUUUUUUUUGAAAAUUUCUUAAAAUAAGAAAAAGAAUAGAAUAGAGAAUAGUAAAAAUAAUGUUUUUGCAUAAUUAAAUGAAAGUGAUAGUGAAAGUAGUUCAGCUAUGUACAAUGAAGAUAUAAAAAUGAAUAGUUCACCUAGUAUAAUAAUUAAGAAUCUUUUAAAACGAUUUGGAGAUCUAAAUGCUGUUGAUAAUAUAAGUUUACAUCUAUAUGAGUCUUAGAUAUUUUGUUUAUUAGGACAUAAUGGAGCAGGAAAAACAACAGCAAUUAAUUUAUUAACAGGAAUGAUUUAAAAGACAUCUGGAUAAGUUAGUAUGUAUGAAAUGAAUUUGGAUACAUAACUUGGAUAGAUUAGAAAAUCUUUAGGAUUAUGUACUUAAAAAGAUUGUCUUUAUAAUGAUUUAACUGUAAAGGAACAUUUAGAAUUUAUUAGUGGAAUCAAAGGUAGAUUAAAUUAAUAAGAAAUUGAAGAAAUUUUGUAAAAAACAGAAUUAUUAGAGGAACAAAAUAAAAAGAUUUUAGAAUUAUCUGGAGGAUCAAAAAGAAAGUUAUCUUUAGCUAUGAGUUUAGUUGGAGAUUCAAAAAUAAUAUUUUUAGAUGAACCUACAUCUGGUAUGGAUGCUUAUUCAAGAAGAUCUAUUUGGAAUAUUUUAGAAAGAAUUAGAGAAGAUAAAAGAACUAUUAUAUUAACAACACAUCAUUUAGAUGAAGCAGAAUUAUUAGCUAAUAGAAUUGGAAUUAUGUCAAAAGGAUAAUUACUUGCUGUUGGAUCUUCUGAUUUUAUUAAAAGAAAGUUUGGAGAAGGUUAUAAUUUAAAAUUAUCAUUUGAUAAUAAUAAUCUAAGAAAUCAAAUUUAUGAUAAAGUUAAUGAAAUGAUUCCUAAUUGUUAUUUAGAAACUUAACAUUCUAAUGAUAAUAAAUUAGUAUUUAACAUUCCUUUUUCAUCAAAAGGAAAAUUAGGAAAUUUGUUUUAUAAUUUAGAAUCCUUUAAUAUAACAAUUGGUUUAGAAAUGAAAACAUUAGAAGAUGCUUUUGUAAAAAUUGGAUUAGAAGAUGAAAAAACUCAUUUAAAUUAUGUUAGAAAAAGUGAAAUAAGAUUAGCUAAAUAAAGUAUGGGUAUUCCAGCUGAAAAUGAUGAUAAUACAAAUUAAAUAAAUGAAAAUGAAGAUUUUAAUAGUCUUCCAAUAAUUUAAGAAUUUACAGAAGAAAAAGCAUUUAAUUAAAAUAUUCCAGAUUGUCUUAAAAAUGAUCCACAAUAUAAACUUAGUUCAUAAUUGUUAGCAAUAUUUUUAAGAAGAUAUUAUACUGUUAUAAGAACAAGUACUAAUUAUUUCUCAAUUUUAAUUCCUAUGCUUACAUUUAUAUUAGGAAUGACAACUGUAGCUGGAGUUGAUUUCGAUGAAAUUUUAAAAAAUGUUUUUCCAGAUAUGAAUCAUGAUAAUUUAACUGAAGCUGUUGAAUUUUUUAAAAUAUCUUUAUUAAGUAGUUGCAGUGUUUUAGCAUUUUGUUUUAAUGCUACUGUUUAUAUUACAUAACCAGUAUUAGAAAAAGAAACAUAUCUUAAAUAAGCUUUAAUAGGUAUGGGUUGUAGAACAUUACCAUAUUGGGUAGGAACAUUAAUAUUUGAUUAUACUAUCUAUUUAUGUUUUGUGGUACUAUUUUACAUCAUAUCAGCCAUACUUAAUUUAGAUAUUGCAUUUAAAUAUUUAGGAGCUGGUUUAUCUUGUUAUUUACUUUUUGGAUUUAGUUAUAUACUUUUUGCAUAUCUUAUGGGAUUUUUAUUCAAAACUUUAGAAAAUGCCUUAAAACUUUAUUCUAUGUUUUGUUUUUUCGUAAAUUUCUGUGUUCCAUUUAUCCUUAUAGCAUUUAUAGAUUUUUUUUAUAAAAAAUUUGAUAGUGCAAUUGCUGAACAAUUAAUAUAUAUAUUAUAAGUUUUUUUUGUUCUUGUUUCUCCUUUUUAUGCAUUUUUUGAAGCUUGUACAUUUUUAGCUGAUAACUUUUAAAAAAUAUAUGAUCUCAAUUUAUAUAAUACACCUUAAUUAAUUUAAAGAACAUAUGCAUUUUAAUUAAUUUUAUUAGCCUAAAUAAUUGUCUAAAUAAUAAUACUAUAUUUAAUUGAAUCUAAAAGUUUUAUAUUGACAAUUGCAACAAAUUAAGAAAAGAAACAAUAAUAGAAUGAAAAUUUAGAGUAAGAAAUAAUUGAUGAAAGAUUAAGAAUAGAAUAAGGAAAUAUUUAAGAUCCUAUUAUAUGUAAAGAUUUAGAGAAAGAAUAUAUAAAAGAUAAACCUACACUUUAGUAAUUGACUUUUGCAGUCAAAAAAGGUGAAAUUUUUGGAAUAAUUGGUCCAAAUGGUGCUGGAAAAUCAACUUUAAUAAAUGUAUUCACAGGUAUUAACACACCUAGUAAAGGUGUCGCUCUUAUUAAUGGUGUUGAACCUAAAUAAAGAAAUUAAGAAAUAAUGUAACAUGUUGGUAUAUGUCCAUAAUUUGAUUGUAUUUGGGAAAAUUUAACUCCAAUAGAACAUUUAUAAUUAUUUGGAAGAAUUAAAGGAUUACAAGGAAAUGAUUUACGAUUAGCUGUUAAUUAUUACAUUAAAACUAUGUAACUUGAUUUAUUUGUAAAAACUAAAGCUGGACAAUUAAGUGGUGGAAAUAAAAGAAAAUUAUGUGUUGCUGAUGCUUUAAUUGGAGGUAGUGAUAUUACUUUUUUUGAUGAACCUAGUACUGGUGUAGAUCCAAUAUCAAGAAGGUUUUUGUUUAAUACUCUUUAAAGAAAUAUUCAAUUAAGAAAUUGUUCUGCUAUUAUGACUACACAUACUAUAGAAGAGGCAGAAAGUUUAAGUUAAAGACUAGGAAUUUUAAUAGCUGGCUAAUUCAAAUGUUUAGGAACUCCUUAAUAUUUGAGAUAGUAAAUUUAUAAUUAAUUAUUUUUAGAAAAUAUAGUAAAGGCUAUUAAAUAUCCAUUAAAUUUAAUUAUGUUGAAGAAAGUUAAGUUUAAAAUAUUCAAAAUUCUAUUCAAUAAGAAUUUCCCUCUAUCAAUAAAUUAGAUGAUAAAAGAACAGGAUUUAUGACGUUUUCAAUUAAUAACUCAAGUUUUAGCUUUUAUAAGACGUUUUAAUAUUUUGAAACAUUAAUAUAAAACGGUAUCAUCGAAGAUUUCUAAAUUAAUGAAAGGUACAAUAUAAACUUAAUCUUAGUUCUCUUGAAUAAAUAUUUAUUCAUUUUAGUAGAAUUUAAUAAGAAAUUAAUGAAAAAGAAGGAGUAAUCUUUGAUUGA